UGAUGCUUUACAGCAGUUUUCUAAGUCUGAAAUUUUCUAUGCCUGUGAAACACACAAUUUGCUAAGAGAUGGAGGAGUCUCAGCAACAUGACCUGAACACGAUGACCCUUGAGAAAGAUGAUCCCCUCGAGAGCACCAGCCCUCAGAUUUCUGUUAGUGAAUUUUCUUGCCACUGCUGUUACGACAUCCUGAUUAACCCCACCACCUUGAACUGUGGUCACAGCUUCUGCCGGCACUGCCUAGCUUUAUGGUGGACCUCUUCAAAGAAAACCGAGUGUCCAGAAUGCAGAGAAAAAUGGGAAGGUUUCCCCAAAGUCAAUAUUCUCCUCAGGGAUGCCAUUGAAAAGUUAUUUCCUGAUGCCAUUAGGAUGCGAUUGGAAGACGUUCAGCAGAAUAAUGACAUAGUCCAGAGCCUUGCAGCCUUUCAGAAAUAUGGGAAUGAUCAGAUUUCUUUAGCUCCCAACGCAGGCCGAGUGAAUCAGCAGAGAGGAGGGGGAUUCUUUUCAGGAGUGCUCUCAGCUUUAACUGGUGUGGCAGUGGUCCUGCUCGUGUAUCACUGGAGCAGCAGGGAAUCGGAGCAUGACCUCCUGGUCCACAAGGCUGUGGCCAAAUGGACAGCGGAAGAAGUUGUCCUCUGGCUGGAGCAGCUGGGCCCUUGGGCCUCUCUCUACAGAGACAGGUUUUUAGCCGAAAGAGUAAAUGGAAGAUUGCUUUUAACUUUAACAGAGGAAGAAUUUUCAAGGGCACCAUAUACCAUAGAAAACAGCAGCCACAGAAGAGCCAUCCUCAUGGAAUUGGAGCGUGUCAAAGCACUAGGCGUGAAGCCCCCCCCAAAUCUCUGGGAAUAUAAGGCUGUGAACCCAGGCAGGUCCCUGUUCCUGCUGUAUGCCCUCAGGAGUUCCCCCAGACUUGGUCUGCUGUCCCUCUACCUGUUUGACUACACAGACACCUUCCUACCCUUCAUCCACACCAUCUGUCCUCUACAAGAAGACAGCUCUGAGGAGGACAUCUUCAAACUUCUGGAUCUUAGAGAGCCCACAUGGAAGCAGGGAGAGAAUUUCUUUGUCAAAUACUCCUUCCUUCCAUACCAGCUGAUUGCAGAAUUUGCUUGGAACUGGCUGGAAGUCCAUUAUUGGACGUCUCGGUUUCUCAUCGUCAAUGCCAUGUUACUGUCGGUUCUGGAAUUAUUCUCUUUUUGGAGGAUCUGGUCAAGAAGUGAACUGAAGACUGUGCCUCAGAGGAUGUGGAGCCAUUUUUGGAAAGUAUCAACACAGGGGCUUUUUGUGGCCAUGUUCUGGCCCCUCAUUCCUCAGUUUGUUUGCAACUGUUUAUUUUACUGGGCCCUGUACUUUAACCCAAUUAUUAACAUUGAUCUUGUGGUCAAGGAAGUCCGACGGCUGGAAACCCAAGUUUUUUGAAUGGCACUGCCCACGCUCUGAGGGACUCCUCCA